AUGGAGGACAAGAGGAAUUUGGUUCUAGAUUUGGUUUGUGAAAUUAAGGACAAGGCAAAACUUAUUUGUGAGCGGUUGAAGGUAGCUUCAGAUAAGAAAAAAUCUUAUGCUGACUUGAGGCGUCGAGAUAUCGAAUAUCAGGUUGGUGAUAUGUUGUUUUUGAAAGUCUCACCUUGGAAGAAGGUUUUGAGCUUCGGGCAGAAGGGUAAGCUUAGUCUGAGAUCAGAUCCUUCUCAUGUUGUUCCUGUUGAAGAGAUUGAAGUUCGAUCUGAUCUUUUGUAUGAGAAGGAACCGGUUGCGAUCUUUGACCGUAAGGUCAAGGUGCUACGCAACAAGACCCAUAAGACUAAGGAAGCCACUUGGGAGUCAGAAGAUAUCCUAAGGCCUCAGUAUAUGUAUUUGUUCGAUAUAGGUAAACUUUGA